GUGCGCACAGUUGGCAUCCAGGAAAUGUAAACAAAUGGCUUGGUUGUGUGAAAAGAAUCCAGCAAAAAUCCAAUUUGAUAGUCAGCAAUGUAGUUAAAAAAUGUACAAUAAAUCUCAAGAAGACACCACUCACGUUUCCAGUGACUGAUUGUGUAAUUGUGUAGAAGAGAUGUGUGUAUGAGAGGAGAUAAGGGGAACAAAGUCAGUUAGGGCGUCCGGAGAACGACACUCUCUGUCAGUGUUUUAAUCAGCAAACACUCACCAGUUGAGCAAAUUGCUCCCAGUUCUGUGUACAAUUGAAGGUGGUGAGGUUGUGCAUCUCAAUACACCAUUCCGGAUAAACCAGGAAAAUUUUUGGGUCAAUUCUCAGGGCAAAAUCCCAGAUCAUCCAGUGAAGGAUGUCAGUGAAACAGACAGUUCUUGUGACUGGAGGAGCAGGAUAUGUGGGAUCUCAUACGAUUCUGGAACUCUUGAAUGCCUCCUACAAGGUCAUCUGUGUGGACAAUCUCUGCAAUGCGUACAAGGAGAAAAAUGCCGCUCUGCCGGAAUCUCUGGUGCGCGUCCAGGAGCUCACCGGAAAGAAAAUUACCUUCUACGACGUGGACAUUCGCAAUAGGGAGGCAUUGACUGAUGUCUUCAGAAAGCACAAGAUCGACUGCGUGGCGCACUUUGCGGCCCUCAAGGCAGUCGGGGAGUCCUGCAAAUUCCCUCUGCAGUACUACCAGAACAAUAUCACUGGUACCAGCAUCCUGCUGGAAGUUAUGGCUCAGGCCAAUUGCUUCAACUUCGUCUACAGCUCCAGUGCUACGGUCUAUGGGGAACCCAAAUUCCUGCCCCUGACCGAAGACCAUCCCACGGGACAGUGCACCAGUCCCUAUGGGAAGAGUAAAUACUUCACCGAGGAGAUCCUCAAGGAUCUCUGUGAGUCAGACAAACGUUGGAAUGCCGUUUCUCUGAGGUACUUCAAUCCCGUUGGUGCUCAUCCGAGUGGAAAGAUUGGAGAGGAUCCCAACGGAGAGCCCAAUAAUCUCAUGCCUUACAUUUCCCAAGUGGCCGUUGGAAGACGGCCCCUUUUGCGUGUCUAUGGUACGGAUUACCCCACGAAGGACGGGACAGGGGUAAGGGACUACAUUCACAUUGUAGACCUGGCAGGAGGACAUGUGAAAGCUCUGGAGAAGCUGGGAACAGGAGAAAUCAAAGGAUUUGUGGCGUACAAUCUGGGAACUGGAGCAGGAUACUCUGUCCUGGAGAUGGUGGAUGCUUUUGCUGUGGCAUCGGGACGUGAUGUGCCAUAUGAGAAAUGUCCUCGGCGUCCGGGUGACAUUGCCGAGAGCUAUGCUGAUCCUUCCCUGGCGGCCAAAUGUCUCAAUUGGCGUGCCCAGAAAGGGAUUAGGGAAAUGUGUGCGGACACAUGGAACUGGCAACAAUCCAAUCCCAAUGGAUAUGCUGCUGCUAAGCUUUAGUUGACCAAAGAUGCGAAACCUCACCAAAGGUUACACCCAGGGACAACCUCAACAUUCUUCUUUACUGCAUUCGCACUUUUUGCCCGCUUCCACGUCUCUUUUAUCCCUGAUUUUUUUGUGGUGUAUCAAUCGUUAUUGUGCCAUGUUUCGUUCCUGUUUAGUGAAAUUAUUUUAUUUUAUGGAGAAUAAAGUCAUUUUUUUUUUGAACGGAAAA